CGAGCUUAUCAAUGAGCGUUAAAGAUAGAAGAACGACUUUUGUGCGCGAAUUUUAUUUUAAUGCAUCUACAUGUAUAAACUUUAAUAUGUUGACAUACUUAUCGAUGAGUGUGACUCGCUUAUGAUUUAAUAGUUUAAUAGAACAAAAGUGCUUCGCGGGUACUAAAAUUUGAUUGAUUCCUUCGAGACUCGCCACCUUUGUUUGUCAAUAUUUCAAGGUUUUUAUAAAUCGGUGAAGCAGUGAAUCGAAAAUUCCCGACGGCUUGAUGAACGUCGAGGGAUGAGCAGUGCGGUGAUAAAGACGCGUCGAUCGUGGAAUUGAUCCGGGAGAUCCCAAAAGUGGCAGGACUCGAGAGAGAUCCUUGGAGCACAAAGAUGAGCAUGAGGGCGAUAUUGUUUCUUGCGCUUGUGUGCACGACGCUCACUGCCGUGCUAGGAGAAAUUACGAAGGACAGUACGUUGUGUGGUCGAACAAAAUGCAAAUUGCCGCUGGAGCGGAAGUUCAAGUAUCUAGAAGGCGUAAAUUAUUUGUACGCAUACUCCGUGGACGUGAACACGAAUCUGGGCUAUCGACCAUUGCCCUUUCAUUCUAAAACUGAUUCUGCCCUAUACAUCGAUGCCACUCUAUUAGUGUACUUCACCAGCCUUUGCGAGGGCACGCUGAGGAUCCUGAACGCCAGCGUCAGCCACGAUCGCAGCACAUACCACGCCGAAUUUCCUGAUCGCGCAGGGUCUGAAUUCAAGGCCAGCCUUGAGCGUUUCGCGCUUAGGUUCGCCUUUGACGAUGGCGUGAUUCAUGAACUGUGCCCGGACCCUCACGAGCCGGUCUGGGCAUUAAACUUGAAGCGCGGUGUGUUGUCGAUGCUGCAGAACAACAUGAAGCGCUUCGAUGUGGACCACCAAGUGGAAGAGACGGAUGUGUACGGCAUCUGUGAUACGAAGUAUCACUUGUACGAGGCGUUGCGGACCAGUCUGAUCGUGAAGAAAAGCAAGAACUUAGCCGACUGCCAAUACGGAUCCAAAUACUUCUCCGUCGUGCAAUCGAAUCCUUACAGAAGCCCGCGACGGCAACAGGGUCAGAACGGAUUGCUGAAGUCUCACAGCGAGUGCGACAUUACUAUCGAUCACAAUGUGUACGCGAGAGUGGUCUGCGAAGAGGUGCGGCAGAUGCAGCCGCUUUCGAACGGCCACAAAGCCGGUGCCAAAACCGAGACGAAAAUGACGCUCCAGUUAAUCCAGGAGACGACGGAUACAAGUUUUCUUCAUGAGUUCGACGAGUACGAGAAUCGUGACGAUGACGAUAAAGAUGAAGAUAAUCUCAUCGGAGGCACUCCUCAUAUCAAGAGAACCACGUUGCUGUACGAUCAUACAAAGACGUUGAAGACCAUGCAUGGCGAGCUGCGGACCUCGCGGGAUCUAUUGAAGACUAUGUGCAGACUCGCGACGAAUACCGAUGAGCUGCAACAGAGAUUCUCCGAGACGUUUACGAAUUUCGUUCAUUCGGCUCGCUUUCUGAAUUAUCCCUCGUUGUUGCAGCUGUUUACAAGAGCCAAUAGCAUCUGCAGGGGUGGAAAGAAUCACAUCCUCGCGGCAUUGCCGUAUCUGAACAGCAACGCCGCGGUGAACGUAAUGAGAGAUCUGAUAAUGAAGAAAUACGUCAAUCAAGCGACUAUCGACGAUUGGAUCAUCACGUUCGCUCUACUCCCGCAACCAGAUCGCGAAACCAUUAAAACCCUGUCGCAGUUCCUGAACUUCCAGCAUCAAAUCCCUCAUGCUCAGUUCAUCCUCAGCUACUCCACCAUCAUUCAUACGUACUGCAGAAAUAACGCUGACUGUAUCGAACUGGAGCAAGUGAGCGCACUUUUGUCUCAUCUUGAGGAGAAAAUUUCCCAGGGUUGUACACCUCGAGUUCAUUCUCUUCUCGAGACAAAAGAAACGCUGGAAGCUUUAAAAGCGACCGGCAAUAUGGGACUCGAAACAAAAAGCCUGCGACUGCAGCUGAAGAAAUGUAUAGAUGACACCGGUGGAUUUUUACCGAUAGAAAUUCGCGUCGCUGCUAUCGACGCUCAUCGCAGACUACCAUCCUGUGAGGAGACUCGAGAUGAAUUCUUCCUCGACUAUUACCGCAACAUAACGCUGGACACGGAAAUUCGUAUUGCCUCUUACUUGCAGGUGAUGCGUUGUCCCGAUUAUAACGUCAUCAAGACCAUCAAGCAUGCUCUCAAGGUAGAGGAAGUCAAUCAAGUCGGUACUUUUGUAUGGAGCCAUUUGACAAAUCUCUUCAGUUCAUCCUCGCCUACUAAAAUUGAGAUUCAAAGUCUGCUAACAGACAGGGAUUUCAGUAAAAAGUUCAACAACGAUAUCAGAAAGUUCUCGCGUAAUUACGACGGCUCUUUCUUCUCCGAGGAAUAUAAUAUCGGUGCGAAUUAUCAGACGAAUUUGAUCUUCUCGCCGAAAUCGUACAUGCCGCGGUCGCUUAUGUUCAAUGUAACCACCGAUGUCUUCGGUCAGUCUGUGAAUCUGUUUGAAAUCACGGCGCGAAUGGAAGGUCUCGAGUUUUAUGCGGAGAAUCUCUUCGGUCCGGAUGGCAUUUACAGUAACGAGAAGAUCUCCAGUUAUAUUCGAGACUUCCUCAGACAUUUCCGAUCAGCGCCGGAGAGCGAAAAUUACUGGCACGGCGUGAAACAGCUACCUAACGUCAUCGAUAACAAUUUCGAACAUCCGAAAGUCAGCUUCGGCUAUAAGAUAUUCGGCAAUGAGUUGAAGUUUACGAUGCUCGACGGCGACGAGCAAGUGAAAACCGCGCUCGCGCAUUUCAAUCCAUGGCAGAAAUUAAAGGAAUUCUUAGCUAUGCGAGAAAUCCUCUACGAAAGGACCACGAUGUUUCUGGAUUCCUCGUUCGUCGUGCCGACAGGAUCUGGUCUGCCGAUUCGUUUGGACGUCGCCGGUUCCGCGGCUUGCAAUCUCAAGAUCUCGAAAACAAUGAAGGAUGAUCGUCUCCUCUCCGAGUUCGAACUCACUGGCAAUAUCGCUUCCAGUGUAAGCGUCGAUACAGUGGGAACAAUGACGGUAGACGCUUUCUACAAAUCCGCUGGACUUAGGCUGCGAACAAAUCUCUAUUCCUCCGGUGCUGUGCAGAUUCAUCUAAAUUUGAACGGCACUCGUUUGGUGCGCGUGAGUCUGGGUUUGCCGAGUCGCAAGAUAGAGUUGCUUUCGAUACUCUCGGACGUUGCUCUGAUCAAAGGUAACGGCGCCGAAAUCGAGGAGAAGCCGUUGGGUGUGUUGGUAGCUGGUCAGAAUCAAAAGAAAUUACGAUACCCCACGACUAUGCUUCAGAACAUUAUUAGCAAUACUACCUGCACCUGGACCGCGUUGGAUAGACUGAUAGGCUUAAAGAUGUGUACUGACUAUCAAUUCUCCAACGUGACGAAGAAUCCUCAGGCGCCCUACUUUAUCUUAACCGGACUCACGCUCUUCAAAGUUUCGUUGAACAAAGCGGAUCCAACGGCAAAGAACUACGUUUUUGAGUAUAGUUGGAAUAAAACCGAGAAACACAGCAUAUUCAGGCUGAUGUUCGACACACCUGGUUCACAAGUGAACAGAAAAUUGAGCGCUACCGUCACUUUUGACAUAAUAAAUAAUAACGUUAGCGUUCUACUGCAUUCGACUGGAAAUUCUUUGGUCGCUAAAGGCACAUAUAAGAAUUCUGAAGAUGAGACUUUUCUAGACGUCGGUUUCGAUAUCAAUGGCACAAAACACUUGGACGCCAGUUUGGGAUAUACGAGAACAAAACUGAAUAACGGCUAUGCCUAUGAUCCCAGAGUUUAUUUAACUAUCAACAGCGAACGUGUUGCUGCCAUUUCAGGUUCUGUCAGAGACGUACAGAAAAACAACGCCUCUCAGAUUGACGUAAACCUGAUUUUUCAAACCAAGCGAGUCUGGAGUAAUCUGUCCGGCUACAUCCUCACGCGAAAUAUCAGUGUAACCUGGGAUUUGAAGUUGGAGUAUCAGCUGCAGCGAAUGCCGAAGAAGGAAUACUUGACCGUACAAGGCAAACUCUUGAAUCGCUCUUCGAAAACGCUCGCGCACAAAGCGGUCGAAAUGAGCAUUACUGCUACCGCUUAUCCGCAACUCAAUACCAUGAUGAACGCCUCGUACCAGCAAGCACUUGGCCAUUUAGAGUUGCAAGCGGAGAUGAAUCUCAAACCGAAUCUCAAAAACGAUUACGACAAGCUUAAGGCGAAGUUUAUCGUCUCCUACUUGAAAAUGUACUUCCAGGACGAGGGUACAAAGGUGAACGCACUGAUAGCCGUCACGAAAUCUACGAAGAACAUAGAUAUCAAAGUAGGAGUCAAUCACUACAGACUCGGUACCGAGUCAAAGACCAGUUUUAUCAUAGGAUACGCACCAGGCAAAGAAAUCAAUCUACUCGUCAGUUUCAUCAUGCCGCGUGGUAAACUAUUCUCUAUAGAAGGCCACACGAACCUGACGAUCCCCCAUUAUAAUUCAAUGUUGAUGAACGUGCGCAUCAGCGAGCGAUCCCGACACGAGUACGAGCUGGAUUUCUCCGGCACUUGGUUUAGCGGCCACAACAUCACCGCGCGUGGCGCUUAUUCCGACCGGUCGGUCGCUGCCGUGAUGAACCACCAUCUCAAGAUGGUCCUCAAAUCGCCGAGCUUCGCUAAUCUGAUCCUGCUCAACUGUCACCUGUAUCAGGACCACAGCGAUCUCAAAAUCAUUUUGUACGCCGAGCAGCCGGACUUCGACAAGUAUGCUUUCAUGUUGAAUCAUACAGUGCUAUCGGAGACCAGUCUGAUGUCCUACGUCGAAGCUAGAUAUCGGGGCAAUGUAUACUCAAUGACGACGAACGUCGACACUACACGGGAAAUCCGACUAGAACUGCACAUGGACAAAUGGCGAGACGUGCACUUAACUUUGACCGGCAUCAACGAGAAAGAUCGGCAGGAGUACGCAGCAGAAGUCAAGUGGGACGCUAACAGGGAUCCCGCGUUGAAAGUUGGAACAAUGUUACAAUUAAACAGGGUUUACCUGGUAGACGAUUUAUCCGGGGUCCAACGCAGCGUUAUAGUAAUGUUGACCUAUCCUGGUCGGCUCGUAACCGGAUCGUGUAAUUUGGUGAUACGCAGCCCGCAUAGCUACCUACUGGACGUCAUUCUAGACUGGGAUCCAGAGAAACAGAUCAAGGCGUCGAUCAACGUAGACUACAAUAUAGAAUCGGAAAUUACGUCUAUGAAGUUGGAAUCCCAGCUGCUAACUCCUUUCGAACAGUGGAAAAAGACAGCCUUGAACGCAAAAUACGUACAAUGGCCAGACAGAAUUUCAGCCAGCAGUAGCGCUUACUGGAAAGACUCUCAGCAUGUGACGGGGGAGUUCUACGGGAGCACAAGUAACCAUGACGAUCUGAAAGAAUGGGUGGCAAACUGCGGUUUGGCCAGUACCGUUCACUCUUUUACAUGGGUGACCGUGAACGUAACGCACAAAAUUCUGCGUUCAGAAACGGUGGACAGUUACGUGCUCAUUAAGUACAAUCCCGACAAGACGAUCGACGCGCGCAGUAUUUGGCAUCUGGACAAGCAAUCGGACGACGUGUUCAACUUGACCGGCAACCUACACCUCUACACGCCUUUCGCAAACUAUCUCAAAAGCGAGUUCAAGUGUCAACUGCGCAUCAUGUCCAGCUGGAUGUUUCUUGGCGCAACCAAUCUUGACUUGGACAAACGCAAGUACACCGGCCGCCUAAUCGGCGAUCUCGUGCGCUGGAAGGAAUCCAAGGUGGAAUUCAACGUCACGACACCGUUGGAGAAGUUCGCCUUCGUGCGAGGCAGAUUCGGGCUAUCGGAAAGCAACCAUCACGUGGUAGCGAUGAUAGUCACCCCGAACGGUCCGCUCGGCGUCGAGGCUCUGUUCCAGCUCUUCACGUCCGUUUAUGACUUUAAUGUGAAAUUCAUGGUGGCUACGCCGAUCGACGUCCUGCAGAAGGCCUUCGCAGUGGCUAAGCUGAAUUCACGUGAAGCAGACUUCCGACUCGGCUAUAACAACAUCACGGCAGGCUUCCUUGGGACUUGGCGUUAUAACAAUGUCACCGACUUUGAUUAUAGUUACAUAGUGCUCACGCCGCUCGAGGGUCUGCAAGAGUGCGGCGUGAUCGCCAAGCUGGUCGUGGUGCACACGGAACCUAAUGACGUGCUGGACGUGAACACGGAGUUCUCAGUGAAGCUAGCAGACAUUAAAUUCGGUGUAAAGGUCAAGGGAGGGCCGAAACCCCCGCCCAUUAAAAUUCCGCUGAAGAAAGGUAUUAUAGUGCAUACGACAGACCAUUCUGAGUCUGAUGAGUCGCAGGAGGAAGAAGAGGAGGAGGAAGACAACGAAGAUUAUUUCUUCUGGCGAGGAGAAUUAGAGAUAUGGCCUGUGUUAAUAGAGGAUAUAUCAGGUGAGGUGGACAUCGAUAGCGAAGGCAACACAUACAAGAUUCUAAGCACGAUAAACUUACCACCCGGAAAAAUUAUCUUGGACGACAAUUUCUUCCUAAAGGAUGUCUUUCAUGUAAAAAAUGAUCUACACGUUGACUUAACGUUCAGUAGUAUCAAAGAGAUAACAUCACUGUGUGCUUUUGCGAUCGAUAGUCCUACCUACUUCAUGGAAAUGAGCUUAAACGUCAGAAAAAAUAACACAUGGAUCGAGAGCGGAUUUCAUGGAAAUUACACGCGUCAAAGACGAGACACGGAUGAUAGAGACACCAAUGCGAUAAUGCAUUUCGUGAAAUUCAACAUUAAGACGCCGUUAGAGUUCCUCAAAGAUCUCCGUACUGACACAGCCAUAGAAAUCGAAAACAAUCGAUACAAAGGUAUGAUAGAAAUUCGUGGAGAACAACUGAUCAUCGAUUUAUACGGAAAUGUUAAGAUAGAGAAAGCUCUACUGGAUACUCUAAUCUCGUGUGCAAUCGAUUCACCUAUGAUGAAAAUACCGAAAACUACGAUCGUGGCGAAAAAAGACUUCACUGGAGACCGAAAACAACUUAAAUUUAACGCAAAUAUAGAAGAACCUGUAUCGAAAUACACGUCCUUCGAGUGCGCCUGGCAAACAGAGGAGGAUCUGGUGAGAAUUUCUGCGAAGCUGAAAAGCUGGAUAAAAGCCCUAAAAUCACUCGAGACCGACGUGCUCUACAGCAACGCAAUUCACGUAAACAACACCGCCAAGUUGAACGUCUGUGUGAAGCAUCUCGACGAACAGGAGUAUCAGUUGAACGGAAAUCUAAACAACGGUAAAAUUGAUGCCGAUUUGCAUACACCGCUGUCGAAAGAGCCGCACUUCGAAUUCCACGGAGACUUGAUCAAGAUCAGCGAGUCACUGUACAAAGUCAAAGGAGAACUAAAGAACCAGUUGCUCGCGAAAUCCUAUGACGUCGAUAGUGUCAUCGUCACACAGGAUAAUACUCUAACAUCGAUAGACAUAACAGCCGAGCCAAAGAGCGCCAACACCGAUAAAAUCAUCUUAAAACUGCAGAGGAAGAAAUACAGUCUCGAAUUUGAUAUGGAUGGUGGAUCUUUCAACAGUACUGUCGAUGCGAACAUAAUCAACUCUUUAAAUUGGGACGUGAGAGCACAUACGAAUAUUCGGACAACUCGUGAGAUCAACACAUACAAAUUGAGCACUUUCAUGAACGUGCAGGUGAAUGGCAAUACCAGUCUGUACAUUCAUGGCGAGACACCCUGGAACGACAGCAGAAUCCUGACGGUGAACGGUAAUCUGAUGCUGACCAACACGAGCGGCGACAUUCGGUUGAGUCAUCAAUUGAACGACAAUCGGUACCACGCGGCUGCUCAAUGGACGCUGAUCUAUAUGGUGGACAUGUUCGCGAAACUGGUGACAGAAUAUGAGACCGCGGGAUCGAACAGGAAGGACUUUGCUACUCAUAUAUUCUUCAAGAACCCGGGCCGGUUGAACAGAAACUUCAAUAUAGGAUUCGAUCUGGACAUCGAUCGGAAAGCUUGGGAAUUCGAGACGAACGCGUCCAUAGGUUUCCGUAAUCAAAAGAACGUCGACGCGGUGUUCAUGAUGAAAUUGCCGCCCCCGAAUGAUGACAGUCAUCGGUUCCUGAUCAGUUAUCACAUGAGCAAAGAAAGUAUGCAAGACAUUUCUUACGUCGUGGGCUACAACACGAAUCGGUCGAAAACAAAUUACGUCUCGGACGGCUCGCUUCGAAUGAUUACCCCCGACAUCAACGGGCACUUCCGAGUGACUUGGGGCUUGUUGCCAAGUCAGUCCGUGAACAACCUUUUCAACAUCACCUUUGUUAAGAAGGAGAUGGAGCUCAAGUAUUCCCUCUAUACACCGAAGUUCCUACAAGAGGAAACUCUCGUGCUGCUUUUCACUUAUGACUAUACGUCCAAGCAGAUUUUGAUCAAUGCCGAUUUGUUUUACCCGCCUAGGCAACAGAUCGGCACCGCGAGGAUAUCCUACGAAAGUCUGAUCAACGUUAACGGAACUCUAAACGGCACUCUGUCCGGACAACGCUUGUCGUACCUCGGCUGCAACUUUGUCGUGUUCACUACUUUGAAGCAGAAUAAAAGAUUCAUCGAAUUCUUCUGGACAAACAACACGGCCUUGAUAAACUUAGAUUACAGCUACCACAGCGAGCGACUUGAUUCAAAUCUAGAAGGUAUCCUACACAUAGAAGUUCCCUUGAAUGCUCGUCAUAUAGGCCACAUGACUUACGGCUACAAGAAACGUCCUCAAGUCACAACGGGCCACUCGACAUUGUUGUACAACGAUAAAAAGUUACUGUUUGCUCAAUACCAUUCGAAGAGUGAGUCCAGAGCCGGCUUCGAGAAGGAUCACAUUCAAAUCACCAUUGAGAACAUUUACAAGCCCAUAGGGCUCGUCUACGUGAAUCAGUACGAGUACAGUGGCGGCAACGAAGGCACUAACUAUCCUACUGUGGAGUUCAAACAAGUGAAUAUUUAUAGACUCGAUAACAGAUCGGCUUUCAACGUCGCCGGCGAGUCCAAGAUCAGGACAACUCACACCGGCCAAAAUAUUUAUCUGAAGGCAAUGCACUCGAACAGGACCAUUCAAUUUAAAACGGACUAUCAAGUGUUGUCAGGCGAGUUUGAUCAGUAUACUUGGCUGAGUUUAGCGGAAGAUGCCUGGGCGUCGUAUCAUGUAAACAUUAUGAAUAUGACAAGUGAAUUCGUGGACAAUCAGUUUAUCAUUCUCAACAUUUCUUACCCACGACAUAACUAUACCUUGGAAGGCUCCUAUAAGAUCACUAACGACGAGGUCAAUUCCGAGGCAAACUUACGAUGGGAACGAAACGACGAAAAGUUGAAGAACGUCGGCGCGGGUUUCAAUUGGACCAAUGUUACUACCACGUCGAUGAAGAGUCUGCAGCGAGCCGUACUGAGCUUCUGGCAUCCUACGUUCGAGAAAGUCGUGACAAUGAGGAGCGAUUUGAUGAAGAGAGACCAAAGAGACCUGUUGAACGUCAUCUUCACCGUGGAUUAUUCCACCAACACUGAUAAAAUGUUGACGUUGUCCGCGCUGUUGAGAGAUGAGAGCGAUGAAUCCGACAGAAAGUACCUUUACAAGAUAAUCGGCAAUCAUAUUAACACUAAAAUGGACCUUGAUGUCGAAGGAUUCGUCCACAGACAUGGAUUCGUGCUACUUGAAACGGUGAAUCAUGCGCGAUACAAACGCGGUUAUAUGCCAGGGGAGACUGGUGAACUGAUUAGCCGGAUCGACCGAAAUUCGAGGGAAAUUCUUUUCCGCCGAGUGAACAACGAAGCAGUCAAGUACUUCAGGAUCGGUUAUUAUCCGUCGCAUCCCCGAUACAUCGUCAACGGUAGUAUCAUCGACACGCCGCAACUUAACGCUACUGGUGCCUUCUUCUUUGAUCCGAGUGAGAAGCUUAUCUGGUUGACGAUGAAUUACACACCCGACGCGAUAGAAAGUCUAAGAAUGUAUGGUAAUAUUCCGGAUGCUCGCAACGCAAUAUUCAACAUCUGGAGGACAUAUGAGGAUGAUUUGACAAUAUCAGACAUUUCCUUCUACCUGAAAUUGAACCACUCGAGACUCAUCACAUCGACUUUGCGAUGGCGGCCCGAACUCAAGAGCGACAUUAUUAAUACUAUGAAAACAGCUUUCAAUGAGAUGUGCAAUGGUAUAAAUAAUGACAUCGAUUAUUGGAAACAAUACAUUAAAAGCGAAGUCUUUAGUGUUAUCGCGGAUGUUUGGGAUGAUGCUCAACAGGAUAUUUCAGGAUUCCUCGACGAUUGGAAUGAUCUAAAAACUCUCGAAGAUGACUUCGAAUAUCUCAAGAUGUACUUAAACGACUCGUACAACGCUAACGACUUCUAUAUUAAAGAUGUCGUCGGUUUCGGUAUAUACCUCAUCGACGAAUUGUCUCUACGAAGUCACAUCGAAUCACUCCCCAAUAUAUUGAACGAGAUUCGAGAGAUAAUGGGUGAAUCCGGUGAGGCGCUACGAAAUUCUCUGGUUUGGCUCAUCGAGACCUUCAAGAACGCUUAUAAUAAAGUCUCCGAGUUAAUUGCUGCCGUAUUGAGAGGCGAUUCAUUGUCGCAAGUGGCGAAUGUAAUUGAAAAGUUAAUCGAAAAAUAUGACAUGUUUAUCAAGGACCUACACGUGUCUUUCAUCAAGUACAUCGAGAAUCUGUGGAGUAGCUUCGCUUCGUCUCUCUCGCAACAAUGGUAUCAUUUCCUGAAAUGGAUGGAACCGAUGUUCAUUCAGUUCGUUCAUUAUCUCGAAACAGCUACAUGGAAAGCGAGCAAAGAGGUGCUGGACUUCUUGUAUGACCGCAAGAAAGAGAUCAUUACGUCGCCUUACUUCGACCACUUCACUAACUUCACGCAAGACAUCGACAAGGUCUAUCGCGACGUCAAGGCGAACGAUAUAGUGACUAACAUUAAUAAAUACUCGCGGGUUAUAAUACAGUUUCUGAAGGACCGUUACUUCGUCUACAUGCCAUUCGGCAAGGAGCUGAAGGACGUGGUCGACGAUAUCUUGUUGGAGCUGAAAGAAUUGAAGAAGCUACCAUCCACCAAAUACGCCUUGGAGAAGCUUGAUCAAGUGUACAACAAGAUCAAUUACAUUUAUGAAUAUUUCGAAGUUAAAACCAAGCUGGAAAAUCUACUGCGACUUAUACACUCUAAGAUGAUGGACAUCAGUCAGACGGCGUUGCAGGCUGAAAGUCGUUACAGGGAAGCUAAGACCAUGUUUAUCUUCGAUCCUAAUCAGGGUUUGAUGUGCUUAGAACAAAAACUACCGAUGUCUUGGCAUGCUUUCAAUCAGACGCCCGAGUUCCACGAGAUACCGGAGUUACGAGCAAUAAGUGAUGUCAAAGCGUACUUCGUCACCUCAAACACUACCUUUUGGGGCCUCUAUUAUCAGUAUAAGCCCUACAUGGACCUGUCGAAUUGGUUACCGCCAUUCAAAGCGCAAGCUAUGAUCAUUGGUUCUCAGCAUUACGUCACUUUCGACGGCCGUUACUUUGAUUUCGCUGGAAGUUGCACCUAUUUAUUAGCAAAGGAUUUUGUGCACGAUACUUUUGCUAUUUUAGUGAAAUAUAAUCAAGGCGAGGAUAUCACUCAUCAAAUUAUAGUACUAAUUGGAAAUAAUGCUAUCGAGUUGGACCUCUUUAACGACACAACGAAACUAAUUUCUCAAGAAGCGGGAACUACGACCAAUCUGCAACUGCCUAUUGAAUUGGACCACGGCACAACGUACGUCUACCAAGAAGAGAACAUGGUGAUAGUGGAACGCAAAAACAAUCAAUUCCGCUUCGAGUGCAAUUUCAAGUUCAAUCUAUGUACGCUGGAGCUAUCAGGCUGGUAUUACGGUAAAACCGCCGGUCUGCUCGGUACGAUGAGCAAUGAACAAUUUGACGACCACUUGGCAUCGAACGGUUUGAUUAUCAAAGAUAUCGACAGCUUCGCUCACAGCUGGUCUAUUGACGGCUGCGCGAGCGACGUAACGAAUCGCGUUAGCAGGACCAUGGACCAGGACAGCGUGGUCUCUCUCUUUUGCGAGGACUUGUUCGUAAACAAAAGCUCAGAAUUUGGCAUUUGCUUCGGCGUAAUCAAUCCAAAAGAGUACACCAACAUGUGCCUGAGUAGCUUCACUGAGGCCGAGGUGUGCACCGUGGCGAUGUCAUAUAUGCAAACGUGUAUGUUCUACAAUACGUAUCUACGAAUACCGGAUCGGUGCACUACGUGUAGCAUGAUGGACGGCAGUCAGAUAGCUGAAGGAAGAUUCAAACGGCUGGAAAACGCCACGGUGCCGCAAUCAACCGAUGUGGUGUUCAUCGUCGAGGCGAAGAGCUGCAACCGCGACAUAAAGCUCAACAGCAGCAUGGAGAUGUUGAUCACGCAGUUGAACAAGGAGCUAAAUGACAAAGGUCUCAUAGGUAAUCGUUGGUCUCUGGUGGUCUUCGGUGGCGACGGUGUGUACGACCAACCCAGAAGCAUCGUUCUCGACGGACAGAUCUUUACCAAGAACGUGGGGCGCUUUAUAGAUUAUUUUGAUUAUAUGUCUAUCGGCAGUGGCAGUCAGGACAUCUUCGCCGCGAUCGGCUUUGCUUCGCAACUCGUCUUCAGAGGUGGCGUGUCCAAAACUUUCAUACUGAUACCUUGUUCGCAUUGCGAGUCGGAGAAUCAGACGCUGGAUUAUUCUGUAAUACAUCAAGUUCUACUGGAACACGAUAUCACCCUGCACAUACUAAUGGAUGGUGAUUUCGAAUUUGAUAAAGAGAAGAUCAGUAAGAUCUUCUAUGGUUUAGAUGCGACCAAGUCAUAUACUAAAAAAGACACGAGGAUGCUAGUAGGCGACGUAGACUUGAGAAGGCAAGUGAAGCUCUCAAAAAACGCGUUGGGUUAUUGUACUCCACUGUCCCUGGAGACAAAUGGCACAAUAUUCAGUGGCGACAAGCUGCGUCAGUGGCACGAAUCUGGCUCGAACAAAAAGUUUGCAAGCGUUUUCGCCAAAAGGGUCGCCCUAACGGCUACGCCUGACCAGUGCCAAUUUUGUGAGUGCACUGCCGACAACAAUGGUGUUACGCAAAUGGAAUGUAUGCCUUGUAUAUAUCCAACACCGGUGCACGUUGAUUACGUAAGUGAAACAUUUGAUCUUAACGAGACACUCUCGAUGAUGCCACCAUUGGAUGAUGGAGAUUACGGUCAAAUCGAUAUAGACGACUGAAGCAUAAUUGCGUAAAAACGUAAUUAGAUGAUAAUAGUUAAUCGCAGAUAUAUUAGUCGUAUUUAUUUAUAUCGUAUCUUAAAACCUAGUGCAUACCUACCUCCUUUUCUCGAUUUGUCUUGUAAGCAUGUAGUAUGGCUACACGUAUCUUGUAAGCAUGUAGUAUAGCUAGAAUUAGAAACUAAUUGGAGACAUAAAUCUUUAUAAAUUUGCACGAUCUUGUUUCCGAGUAAUAAUAGAAAAUUUAACAUAGAGUAGAUUUUAUAGAAUUCAUAACUAGUACUAUGUAUUUUGUCACACAUCUCAAGUGUGAAUACGACGAUUAUUAUAAAAAUAUAUCAAUAAUAUACGACAAUAAAAAACAUAUCAAAAUAAAAUGUAAUUACGUUAAUAAUGUAGUAUUACGAUGUUCUUCAAGUAUUCAAAUCAUUAGCAUGCAGAUGUGACAUAAGAAAUUAUUUGUUGUCUAAUAUUUUGUUUGGAGAACUUGUAAACCGACUUUAUGAUAAUAAUAAACAAAUGAAUAGGAACGUA